AUGAAUCGCAUAUUCGGCAAGAAGAAGCCCGAAGCGCCACCCGUCGACGUUUCGGAUGUAGGGAGCAAAGUGGACGCCCGGGUCACUGACCUCGACACCAAGAUUGAGAAGCUGGAUCAAGAGCUCCGCAAACAUCGCGAGCAAAUGAAGAAGACGCGAGGCCCCGCGGUUAACGCCAUCAAGCAGCGAGCGAUGCAAACGCUCAAACGCAAGAAAAUGGUUGAGGCGCAGCGGGACAAGCUACAGGCACAGUCCUUCAAUAUUGAGCAGGCAGCAUUUGCGAUCGACUCGUCACGGGGCACGAUCUCUACGUUAGCUGCCAUGAAGAGUGCAGUGGUGCAAUUGAAGGCGGAGACCAAGCAAAUUGACAUCUCGGAGCUAGAAGACGUGCAAGAUGAUAUGGCCGAUCUGAUGGAGGACAUGAACGAGAUUCAAGACCUCAUGGGCCGCUCAUACGGCAUAGGGGACCAAAUCGAUGAAGACGAAUUGGAAGCUGAACUGGAAGGCCUGGAGGAAGAGUGGGUCGAAGAAGCAGCUCGCGGCGAGGAAGCAGAGCAUAGGCCGUCGUAUUUGGCACCUGCAAAGAACCAAGAGCUUCCUGCUGCGCCUUUUGGCAAGUUGGACUCCUCGUCUCAACGCGAUACGGACCUAAUUGGCCUGCCCGUGGCAUCGUACUCGACAUAG